UGCCCUGCCUGCAGUAUGCAAAUUAGCUGCCGUCUUUGUUGGCAGUUAAUUUGCACAUCAUGCUGAUUAGCCAAUGGGAGGCGUAGCGAAGGUAUGGUCAAUUACCAUGUUUGUCUAUUAUUAGAUAGGAUGUGAUUUCAAAAACCAGGCUUAGUAAUUUUGAGUGCUGACUUAAUGAAAGUAAUUUUUUCUUUAAAAUACUGUGAUAUUUCCCAGUUUUAUUGCCAUGGCAUCAAAACUACAUUACAGAUCUUCUGGGGGGGAAAUUAAACUCCCUCCUUUGCUGGUCUAAAAGGAAUCAAUUCUUUUAUCACUUAAAGUGUGGUGGGCUGAAUAAUGCUCCCCUUCCCCACCUACCUCCGAAGAUGUCCAUGUCCUAACCCCUGGGACCGGUGAGUCUGUUAUCUUAUAUAGCAAAGGAGGCUUGGCAGAUGUGAUUAAGUUAAGGAUUUUAUUAUCUGGGGAGGCCUGAUACACUCACACAGGUCCUUAGGAAAGGGAGGCAGAAGAUCCGAGGAGGAAGCGAUGUCACCGUGCAAAUGGGAGAAAAGGCUAAAGGAUGCAAGGCCACGAGCCAAGGAAUGUGGGUGGUCUACAGAAGAUGGAAAAGGUAAGGAAACAUUUUCCCUAAAGCCCUGCUGACACCUUAAUUUUAGGCUCAUUUUGAACUUCUGACUAAAGAGAAUAAAUUUGUGUUGUUUUAAACCACCAAAUAUGUGGUAAUUUGUUACAGCAGCAACAAGAAACUAAUACAGAAAGUAUUUUGGAAAUGAAUGGCUGUACCAUGCUACACUUUUUGUCAUUUCUAGUUGCUUUUAUGAGCAAAGCUUGUCUGACCUAGCAACAGUUGCUAAGUAAGUUAACAAUUUAAUGCUAGUGUCUGGGAGGGAGCAGCAGCUUAAGUCUUCCCAACCUCACAUGCAGAGGCUUUCAGUAGCAUUCUCUCACAUCAGGCGCAUACCCACUACCUAAUCAUGGUGAAUCAUUUAAUCCUUACCAGCCUCUAGCAUUAUCCUAGAAUCUUGGGCCUCUCUAAACAUCUAGCUUUUCUCAACACUACUUUUUAUGCUCCUAAGAGUAUUAUAACUAUACAUAGUAAAAGACAUCUGAAAUUUAAAUAUGAUCCGAAAUUCAGAUUACACCAAUUUUGUUUGCUGCGCUGUUUGUAAUAAAAUAAUUCCACCAGCUCCUUUUGGGGAAGUCUUCAAACGGAUCCAUGAAUACAAGCCAUUUAAGACACGCUUUUACACUCACAAAGAUAUACUGGAUAUCGGGGCAGAUCUUUUGUAUAAAGAAGAACUAUUUCAAGAGGCUGUACUCAGAGAACGUGUUGCACUAGCAGAAGCUGAUUUGUGGGCUCAGGCUGAUGAACGCCAAAAGCAAGCAGUAGAGAAAGCACUUGAAGAAGCAAAUGACAAACAUAACAUCAACAUUCAGAUUCUGGAAGAGGAACAUCGAAAAAAAUUACAGAAUAUAACAUCUCAAACCAAGUUAGAGAUGCAUCAAAACAUAGAAGACGAACUACAGAGAGAAAACUUGGCUGCAGAACAGCGCAUGGUCCAUAGAAUCCAAAGGAUCAUGAUGGAGUGCCACAAGGAGAAGAUCGAGGCUGUGGCGAAAGCCAGGGACGAAGAGAGGCAGCUGGCCCAGGAAGCCAUCCUGGCCCAGAAAAGGAAGGUCAUGGAUGAAUUUAUGAAUGCUGGUAUGACCAUUGUUAAGGAUGAGAGGAAGAGUGUGAGCAAAUUGGUAAAGGAAAAAGAACAUGAAAUGAACAUCUACUAUUGCAUGGCUCAGAGGCAGAAGCAGGAAGAAGUCCAGGAAGUGCUUCAAGAAGCAGAGAAAGCCCAUCAGGCCACACUUGAAAAUGUGAUGAAUAAACUGGUUAACACUCAGGACGAGCUGGUGUCGGUAGCACAACAACUGGGAAUUAUGACAAAUUGGAAAGAUUUCUUGGAGGAGGAAUUACAAGAAACGAGAAUGGCAUUUCAAAAAUACAUCAAUUUUACAUUUCCUAAACUUGCACCCGGACAAGCAGAUUUUAUUCUUCCAGAAAGAAAGAAAACACCUUCCAAUCUUAUUAUUCCGAGGGAAACAACUCGUAAGUAAUCCUCUUCAACUGAGACUUCACUACCAAAGACAUUGUUCCAAAGACUAAAUAAAUUCACGCAAAAGUCA